AUGUCUACAAUUCUUGCAAAUGCUUGGGUGGAAAUAACUGAUCCAAAUACAAACGAUAUCUUCUAUGCUAAUCCUCAAACUGGUGAAUGCGCGUGGGAAAAGCCAUCUAAUAUGAAUUCGUCAAUCGGUAAGAGGAUAUCGAUUGCACUGACUCCAUCGGAUGAUGAGAUUGAUAUAAAUCAAAUACAACAAAUUAAUGGGCUAAGACAUGCUAAUAUGGUAUCUCCGGAACGCUCAUCCGGGUUGUUAAGUAUCAAUUACGUUCUAUCGAAACAUAACUCGGCUUCAUCAUUAGCCUCAUCGUCCUCAGCAAUUAAAUCAUCAAGUCAAGAACAACUCGACCCUGUGAAGAAUGAAAAUGAUGACGUUAUGGAUUCCUCAAAUCAAGAAACUAGUCAAUUAGAAAUUUCAAACAAUUCAACUUUAAAUAAAGAAAAUCCUGUAAAUGAAGAUAUUAUAGGCUCCUCAUCUCAAAAUUUUUCCAUUGAUAAAUAUGGUGCUUCAAACUCUUCUGAUAUACCUUCCCAGGAUUCUGAAUUAAUUCCGAUAAGACGGAAUUCAAAAAUUUCUCAGAUUUCAAUUGAUUCUGUUAUGAGUGUAUCUACGGCUUCAACUUCUCGACCAAAGACCCCAAAUUCUGGAAACAUUCCUAAUAGUGGAAAUCAAUUGUUCAAGAUUAUGUCUCCGAAAAAAUCUUCUGAAGCUGCUGAACGUGCAAGAAAAACUGGAAUUAGCAAUCCUCGUGUAAACUAUGAUGCUGCAGCUGCAAUGAGAUCGGCUGGCACAUAUAGAGAUCUUGAAAAAAAAAGAACUGAAUAUAAGAUACAUACUCGUAAACUAAGUACUGGUGAGGUUAUGACACUACCAGCAGAAUUACAACAAGAUAUAAAUAAGUUUCGCAUAGAUGGGUUUGCCAGAAAGUAUUUUAAUACUCACAAAAAGGGAAUUUUUCGAAGAAAGGUUCCGGUCGAAAAAAUGCUUUUAUUUCAAAAAGUAAAUAUUCCAUGCCCUCAAAUUUUGGCAUUCGAUGCAAUUAAACAACCGUUGAUGGUACUCAAUCCUAAUAUUCAAAAAGAUGCGAUAAAGUGUUUCAAAACAAUUCAACGCAUAAUGGGUGAUAGGUCAAAAAGUCGCAUUGGUUCUUCAAAUGUAUUAGAAAAUAUUCAAUGGCUGUUAGAUUGUGGUAUUUUACAUGGCGAAUUACGAGAUGAGAUAUAUGUUCAAAUUUAUAGUAUAAGAAAAGGUUGGGAGCUUCUUAGCGUGGUGACAGUUACUUUCCCACCGUCUAAGAAUUUUGAGGCAUACCUUAUGAAUUACGUAAGUGAUAGUUUUAAUGUGCAAGAAAACCAAAUAGACGUGUUGAGCAAACAUGUGCAUAGUAGAUUGGUUAGAAUAUGUAAACGUGGUCCAAGGGGUAAAGUUUUGACAUUAGGUGAAAUAGAAAGAGCAAAGGAAGCACCUUUUAAUCCUUCUAUAUUUGGUGAGACAUUAGAUUUCAUAAUGAAACUUCAAAGCAACUCUUAUCCAAAUUUAAAAUUACCACGCAUUUUACCAUUUCUGGCGAAUGCGAUUAUUGAGUUGAAUGGUCAAACUUCUGAAGGUAUAUUCCGUGUACCUGGUGAAAAACUUAGAAUAGAAAAAAAUCGGUUCGACAUAACUGGGAUAACAGAUGCAAAUGUUCCAGCUUCACUAUUCAAAUUUUGGUUACGAGAUUUAGCUUAUCCAUUGAUACCGAGUGAUUUUUAUAAUCAAUGUAUACAAAAUUGUGAAAACAAAGAUUCGGCAAUUGAGCUUGUUAAAAAUUUGCCUGAAAUUAACAAAAGAGUUGUUCUGUUUGUGAUUGAUUUCUUACAGAUAUUCACAAAACCUCACAUAACGAAAAUAACAAAAAUGAAUGUAAAUAAUUUAGCAAUGGUAUUUGCACCAAAUUUUUUAAGGUGUCCAUCAGAUAAUCUCGCUGUUAUAUUUGAGAACACUAAAUACGAGCAAAUGUAUGUUAGGACAUUGUUAUUAAAUCUUAACAGUAGAGAGAUUGAGUCUGGUCUAGAUUAUCGUCCAAACCUUGACAAAUUUUAUUAUGGUUUAAACCAUUUUAAAACUUUUGUAGUUUUAGAUAUUCUUGCCGGUUUAUUAGUUGGUAGUUUGAACUGCUAA